AUGUCGGCGUCAUUUGAGCACACUGCCGGCGACGCCAUUGCCUGCCUUUCAAUCCCCAUAAAACUGUACAAAGAGCAGGUCUUUGACGGCGAGGGGCGCGAGGUGCUGCGCUGCGGCUUCAAAAUCGGCGGCGGCAUUGACCAGGACUUUCGCCAGUCGCCGCACAACUUUACCGACAAUGGCAUCUACGUGACAGCCACUGAUGCGAAUGGGCCGGCGGCGCGUGCCGGUCUCCGUUUUGGCGACAAGAUUCUCCAGUGCAACGACAUCGACUUCACCAUGAUGACCCACAAGAAGGCGGUGGAGUUCAUUCGCAAGGCGCCCGUUCUCGAGCUGCUCAUCGCCCGUCGAGGUGGCGUCGGAGCGCCCGUUCUCCCCUACUCCUGA